CAAACACCCCCUAAACCCUAGGUUUGCAUGGUUUUUCUUUUUUUGUCGUUUCUUAAGAUGGUUUCGGAAGAUGAUAUGCACGAUGCGAGCGAUGUUGAUAUCUGUGAAGAGGAUCAUAAUAACGGCGAUGCGUUGUACGGCGGUGGUGAUGAAGUUGGGUGUGAGUUUUUUGAUUUCGAUUCUGAUGAUUCGGACGAAGUAUUAGUUAGCCAACAAAAGGUGGUUUUGUUAGCCAACGCUUUGAUUAUAAGUUGGCUCGAAGAUGUCGCUGCUUUAUCAAUUUCAAGAGAUUCUGCAUCUAUUCAUUUGCGAUCUACUGACGGGAAUUUCAGCGGUGUUCAUGAAGGGUGGUUUUUUAAUGAAGAUGAAGUCUGUAAGGCUGUUGGUGUGUUGGAAUAUACCAAUACCAAGGCAGCAGAAGGUGAAGAGCUGCUUUGUGGGAUCUGCUUUGAAUCAUAUCCACUUGAUAAUACUAUCACUGUCGCUGCUUGUGGUCAUGAAUUUUGUAACAUAUGCUGGACAGCUUACAUUUGCAAAUCUAUUAAUGAUGCUCCUCGAUGUUUGACUUUGAGAUGUCCCACUCCAUCUUGUGUUGCUGCUGUUGGUGUGGACAUGGAUAACAUGUUGACUUCAGAUGAAGAUAAGAAUAAGUAUCAUGGUUACCUUCUUGGAUAUUGCACUGUUGGCAAUAGAAGGACAAAGUGGUGCCCUGCACCCGGGUGUGAUUAUGCUAUUGAGUUUGAACAUGGAAGUGGAGGCUAUGAUGUAACUUGCUCUUGCUUGUACAGAUUUUGUUGGAAUUGUACAGGAGAAGCUCAUCACCCUGUGGACUAUGAAACUAUGUCUAAGUGGAUAACGAAAGAGUCUAAAAAUAUGAAAUUGCUUUGCGUUGGUCAAUGGUCAGAUCAUACUGGUGGCUUAUAUACUUGCAGACGUUAUGAAUCGGCAAAGCAAGAGAUAGCAGUAGCUACACAAGAAUCGUUGAGGCAAAAAGCAGUUGUGGAUUUGCAGCAGGUGCAAACAAUUGAUCUUGCAAGACUUAGUAAGAAGGUGUGCCAACCUGAGGCAAUGUUGAAGUUCAUUGUAGAAGCUUGGUUGCAGGUAGUUGAAUGUAGGCGAGUGUUGAAAUGCACCUAUGUCUACGGGUAUUAUUUAGAAGUAGCAAAAAGACAGCUUUUUGAGUAUGUACAAGGUGAAGCAGAGGUUGGGUUAGAAAGGCUUCAUCAGUAUGCCGAAAAGGAGUUCCAUACUUUUCUAGAAGCAGCGGAUGUCUCUCGAGAUGACUUUGAUAAUUUCAGAUGGAAGUUGGUUGGUUUUACUAGAGUGACACGCACGCACUUCGAGAACUUGGUGAGCGCGCUAGAAGAUGGGCUGUUUGACGUGGACACACAUGGAACAACAAGCAAGGGAAAGGGAAAGGGGCCGAUCCAUGGAGGGUUAAGCCGGACUGAUGCUUUGACGCAGUGGUCAUUUCUAUGUAAACUCAAGGGUUUUGAUAGAAACGGAUUGAAAUCGAGAUUUUCUGGGGUUGAUGGACUACAACUCAAAUUAGACAUGCUGCUUUGGAAAGAAGACGAUAGUAAAUCUAAUUUUGAGAAAGAUGGAGAAGAGGCAUUCACGCUAAUGGCUGCUCCUGAGAAGCAAGUGAAAGAAUUGUUGUUUCUUACGAGCUUUUUCCGGUGGGAAUGUCGUAUCCAUCGAUGA